UCUAUUUUCUUUUUCCAGUUGGUAGUAAACAAAGUACGUUUAAAGAAUUAUUAUAUAACCGUAUUCUCACGACUUCACAUGACUAUUGUUUUCCAAUUAGCCAAUGAUUCAUGUCCAUUUGUUUGGAGGGCUUAUUAACCAAUUUCAACCUUUUUUUAAACAACUAUAUAGCAUACCCCAUAGGACUCCCAGGGUACUGUGAAGAAAUGUAAUAUAACUUCCGAAAAUUAUUCUAAAAUGGAGUCAAUAAAAUGUGCAAAGAAAACUAAACAAAAAGACUUUUGCUGCAAAUAUUGUGACAAGGAGUAUCCUAGUCAUUCCGUGCUUGUUGUUCACUUGAGAACACAUACUGGAGAGAGACCUUUUACGUGCGAAGUUUGUGAUAAAGAUUUUCACAGUCGUGGACUUUUAAAAAGCCAUAAGCUUGUUCAUACAGAAGAAAAUCAAUUUAGGUGCAGAGUAUGUAAAGUCUCAUUUCGUAGAAUUCAAGCCUUGAAAAGACAUGAAAAAGAACACGCAGGAGAGAAGCCGUACAAAUGUGAUAUAUGUGACAAGCACUUUAAGCGCAAUUGGUACCUUAACCGACACCUGUCUAUUCAUUAUAGAGAUCAAGAAUUAAAAGAACAUUGUACUGAAUAUACCAGUAUAAAACCAUUUAAGUGUGGUGAAUGUGACAAAGCAUAUUUACAAGAGGCUGGUCUGAAAAAUCAUCAACGCACUCAUACAGGAGAUAUGCCAUUCCAAUGUUACAUUUGUGAUAAAUGUUUUACUGCAAAUAGUAGCUUAAAGGAACACCUAAGAACUCACACUGGUGAGAAGCCAUUCCAAUGUAAUAUUUGUGAUAAAUCGUUUUCUACAAAUAGUACCUUAAAAAAUCACCAAAGAAUCCACACUGAAGAUAAGCCAUUCCAAUGUAAUAUUUGUGAUAAAUCGUUUUCUACAAGUAGUAGCUUAACAAAUCACCAAAGAACCCACACUGAAGAGAAGCCAUAUCAAUGCGAAAUAUGUCAAAAAUCGUUUUCUACAAGUACGAAAUUAAGGUAUCACCAUAGAGUUCACACUGGAGAGACGCCAUUCCAAUGUAAUAUUUGUGAUAAAUCGUUUUCUACAAGUAGUAGCUUAACAAAUCACCAAAGAACCCACACUGAAGAGAAGCCAUAUCAAUGCGAAAUAUGUCAAAAAUCGUUUUCUACAAGUACGAAAUUAAGGUAUCACCAUAGAGUUCACACUGGAGAGAAGCCGUAUCAAUGCAAUAUUUGCAUGAAAAGCUUCUGGUUCCUAAAAAACAGAAAACAGCAUGAAGAGACACAUAACUAGUUAUGCCAAAUUUUGCUACCAAGUUAAACAUUUAUACAAGAAAAGAGACUGUGUUUUUUAAACGGCCAAUGAUUCAUGUACAUUUUAGUGCUUAUUUCUUUACUUUUUUAAUAAAAAACUUCCCGUUGAGCGGA